GCUGCCGCACUCGCCGGGACUACAGCUCCCAGCAUUCCCUGCGCACGCCGGCCGGCUCCGGUUCUGGGCCCCGCCGCCGCGGUGUGGAGCAGAGGAGCUUUGCCGGCGCUGGGGCUGCGGCGGUGCCGGCUCCCAGGGUCCGCACCCCGCAGCAUGAUUGUGGCAGCGGCGGCGGAGCGGAACAAGGAGCCCAUUCUGCGGGUGCUGCGGGACUACGUGAGCCCCGGCGCGGCCGAGGUGCGGCUGCUGGAGGUGGCGUCGGGCUCGGGGCAGCACGCGGUGCAUUGCGCCCGGGCGCUGCCCAACCUGCUCUGGCAGCCCUCCGACGUGGACCGCAAGUGUCUCGAGAGUAUCUCUGCGUUCAUUGCGGCGCUGAGAGUCAGGAACGUGAGGCCGCCGAUUUUCCUGGACUCGUCCCAGAGCUGGGAGACAUGGGGUGGCGUGAGGCCCAACACGCUGGAUCUCAUCGUCAACAUCAACAUGAUGCACAUCUCUGAGAUGAAGUGCACUGAGGGUUUGUUCAAAGGAGCAGGGAAACUGCUGAAACCCAAAGCUGUUCUGAUCACCUAUGGGCCCUACGCCAUCAACGGACGGAUCAGCCCGCAGAGCAAUGUAGACUUCGACUGCUUCCUGAGGCAGAGAAAUCCGGCCUGGGGCCUUCGGGACACGGCUCUGCUGCAGCAGCUGGCCGAGGCCAAUGGGCUGUGUCUGGAGAGGAUGGUGGGUGUCCAGAGCUGCACUGCACUGGAUUCCCAUAUACUGAGAGGGCGCAUGCCUGUCUUGGAGCCUGAGUGGACAUGCCCGCGAACAACAAGUGUCUCAUUUUCCGCAAGCAGUGACCUGUGGAGCCCGCCUGCUGAACUGCACCCCGCGGCUUUUCAGUGUCCAUAGCACUCUGUGGGUCUUUUCGUGGAGCCUCCCUGCCGGAGACGCACCGCUGGGAUUGAUACUGACUGACUUUAGGUGGAUGCUGCUGCUAAUGUGCAGUGGAGGGGCUGUAUUGUAUGUAGUUCAUGUUCCCGCUCCCCAAAGCCUCCAGGGAUGAGGCCACAAAACCAGGGUCUCUAUUGCAAGCUCACCUGCGCUGCUUGCUUCUACCUACCUGAGCUGAUCAGGUCUUGACAGCCUACGGUGGCCUAUUGUCAUGUCCCAAGGGGUGAGGGGACCGGGUGAGGAAUAAGCCACCUAAGUGGAUACACAGCUUGGGUCACCUCUCCCACUGGGAUGUAGCCUCUGCAGUCGAGUCUCUCUUGGUGACUGUUCCACAGCCCCCAGGGGCCUCGUUUUAGUUACACUUCUGCAGCUCUUUAUUUUUCUCUGCUCAAGCCGAAUGUUCCCUGAGCUUGAAAACCAGCGGUGCCAUUUGGCUACCUACUAAGUGGCUUGGUAUCAGGAGCUGAGCACCCACGGCUCCUAUUGACUUGAGCAGGUGCAAGAGCCUCUGACCCCACACCAGCUUGUUUAGGGGCCUCACCUCAGGUACGCCCGUCCUGACAGACUGGUCCGAGGAGCUGUCAUGCCUAGUCAUGUGUGGAAGGGGAGCAUGAAACAACCCGCAGGCCGGCUCGCUGGCCAGUCUGAAUGCCUUCCACCCUCCGAGGCUAGGCUGCCAAGGAGGUAAUGUGAACGGGGACUAAAAUAUAGGGGUGGAAGUUUUCCAAAGUGCCUAUGUGAUUUAGGGGUAUAGGUCCCCUCACUGUUUGAAGGGAAAUUGGCUCCUAAAUCACAUGGGCACUGUACUUUUUAAAAAAAAGUCCUGCAAGGUUGCUAUAGGCUGUGAGGGGCAGGGGCUCCCUCUAGUGGCAUGAGUGUGGCACGGCAUUGAUUUGGGUUUCAGGUGGGGAGGACCAGUUCCUCCAAGGAGGCUGCUGCACCGGAUCAUGUGGCCUUUGGCACAAUAAAGAAGUUGCUUUUGCUUGUG